AUGGCCACUAGAUCAAAUGUAGACAAAGAGAAUCAGAAACCGAAAUCUUGUGGUGUAAAGAAGCCUCCUGCUCCCAAAAAGAAGCCAGUUAAGGAAGCAGUUGUAGCUAAAAGCGAAAUAAAAUCUUCAAAAAAUGAAAAGCCUGUCUUGGUUAUUGAAGAUUUCCCAGCUGUUCUGGAAAAGGUUAUUUCAGGUGUUAAAGGAAAUAAAACACUUAUGAAAACACUGUAUGCUCAACAUUAUCAAUUAAUAGAGAAGUGUGACGUGAAUCUUUUGAGAAAAGCUUUAUGGAAUGAAAGUUUUAUAUCUGUUCUUGAAGGACGUAAGAUAUGUGCUCUUUCGAUAUCGAAGAUCAAACCAAGAGAAGCUUUCAAUUUGAUCAAGAAAGUAGUUCUCCAAGGAGCUUCCAAUGCUGCUUGUACCCAUUAUGGAGAAAUAAUUUGUUUGGCUUGGAAGAAAUCAGUCAAAGAUGAGGAUGAAGACCUUAGAGAAGAUAUUGAGAUAGAAAUGAUAACUGCAGCUGCUUUUGCGGCCCUGGAAUCCGGUGAUCCAUGGGCAACUAAAUUCCAGCAGAUUUUGUCGUUUUUCAUUUCGAGUAAAACAGACAAAGCGAAGAUGGAUACGAUGCUUUACAAAUGCUUGCAACCUGUUCUUUGGAGAGAUUUGAAGGCUGUCAACGAUAAAGUUAGAUAUAAUGCGGCUCUUAUGCUUCUGGACUUCUAUCCUAUAGUCUCUGCUGAUGAUGAGAGAGAAGAAAUGAUUGACUUACAGCAUGUAACCUUCUUAAGCUUACUGCAAGACCCUUGCGUCAUGAUAAGACGAGAGACUAUUCGAAGAAUGCUCAAAAUACUCAGUUUGUUCUGGAACUUUAUCCCCUCUAUCAGAAAGAGAGAGUAUUUGUCGCUUAUCUGUGAUGAUUUGAGCAAAGAUAGUGAUAUUGGUACUCGCUUAGCAGUUUUCGAAGGAAUGUCUUAUAUGCUUCCUGUAUCUCUCUGUUUGAAUGCUACAGAACAUGCUUUGAAAUGUUUGAUUCCUUGUGGUAUUGAUGACAAAAACGAUCGUGUUCGUAUUCGAUCCUUCAAACUGUUGCGACAACUCAAAGGCCACAGAUUCAUUAAGUUUUUCGAUAUAGUACCAAUGGAGCAUAUCUUGGCUCGCCUCGAAGUAGAAACAUCGGAGGCUGUAAGAAAAGAAAUUGUCCCUCUCCUAUUCAGAUCGUUCUAUCCUUCUGAUGUUGAUCAGAACGAGAAGCUUCGAAGAGUUGGUAUUCUCAUCAAGCACGGUAGAGUAGCUGCUUUAACUUUCCACCGUUUGUUGUAUGAGUUGAAUCUUCUUUCUGUUGAAGAAUCAGUCGAACAUAUCACCUUCAUUUCUAUCGCUGUCUAUAGAUCCGCCAACAUUGGCGUUGGCAAAGAUGUUAGCAUGUCUGGCACCUUGAGCCUCAAUGAUACUGUAGGAACAUUGAGCGGUCCUACAAUGGAGUUAUCAGCUGGAGAUGAAAACAGUCCUGAAUGGCAACGAUUGAAGAUUAUGUUGGAAUGUACUGUAGUUAUGUGGAUGAGUAUUCGAAAGGCUUUACUCGAUGUAGAAAACACUGCCUCAAAAAUGAAAUUGGAAAACUUGGGUAAAAAAAUGUUUGAGAAGAUGUUCAAGUGCUUCAGAAUGACUUCUCUUAUCGGUACGACAAUGGUGUUGGGCAGUAUUCUCCCACAAAAGCAACUAGAUGGAGUUACUUCUUCUGUGUUGAGUUUGUUAAACGAGAAGGCUGUUGACGAAUGCAUCUUGGAGCCAUACUUGGAAGCCACAGCUCAAUGGAAUAUGGACUAUCUCUCCGAUAUCAUUCGUUCCGGCUUAGAAGUGCUGAACAAUAAUUCUGUGACGAAGUCACCUGCUAAGAAGAAGUCUAAAGCUACUUCAAAACUUACACCAAACGAUAACCUCCGCAAAGGACUAACAUACUUGAAGUAUCUUAUGCGAAGUUACAGUACUCAUCAACUAAUGACUCAUACACAUAUGGACGAGUUGGAGUCUUUCUUCAAACAACUGAAUGUCGUCCGCAACGUAAUUGACCGUCGACUGAGUUUCAGUUCAGAUGUUCAAAUCCCAGAUGAAAGUUUGGUUGAUGCAUUGACCACUAAGUUCACUCUUGCAUCUGUACUUCUUAACUGCCAGAAAGAUGAAGUUGACAAAGUAGUUCUCAUUACUCGUGAACUGUGCACCACUCUACAAUGGUUUAAUACUGAUGUAUUAGCUAAAAUUCCUCUUUUCGCCAACGAUAUCAGAUUGGAAUUGAUUCUUUCACUUAGUGAAGCAGUGUUAAGACAUAUUGGUCUGCUUAUGAUGUCCUGGGACUUCACAAAAACUCCAUCGUAUUCUCAAGCGCCGUCUUUCAUCAGAGCAGACGAGUCUGAUGAGUUCUCACAACCGAACUCAAUUGAUUUCUUCGAUUUGGCAAUCAAGACAGUAACUGAUUUCUGCUCCAAGAGCACUCCUUCCACUCUUAUUUGCCCAGUUAUUCAAGCAACAAAACUAAUUCUUGAAAUGAAAGAAGGCAGUUUUAAUGAGCUCUCGGUUGUUUUUGAGUUUCUACCAAGGUGGAUCAUUGCUCGCAGUGUAGAAGAGAGUGAAGAGGAAAUGGAUGAUAAAAAGAUCGGCGAAGCAUACGGUCAAAUCUGGAAAACUAUCUUAGACUGUACGGAAUGUACGGAUAACUAUGUUGAAAGGGUUAUAAAUCGUGUAGCUGUACUCAUGUUAAACCAUUUAGUCGAGGAGGUGGAAGAGAUUCAAGAUGUCAUUGAUCCUAGGAAUGAAGAAUACGAAGUGCCGCGUGCAAUUCAAAUCAUUCUCAAUAACGUGUUUUUGAGAAGCAAAACUUUAAUCAGGAAGUUUUUGUCGACCCUUGGAGGCAUUUUUGUUGCUGACACUCUCAUAAAUGAUGACAUCGACAGAGACGUUUGUCUACAGAGGCUAGGAUCAUGCAUGAAGUUGUCCAUGCUUUGUGAUGUCCAGAAACAAGGUGUCAAAAAAAUCCAGCAAAACGUGACAGUUGUCGAGAAAUCUUCCGAAGAUGUAAAAGCGUUGAUCGACAUACUGGAAGAUAAACUGAAACAUUUGGGCUAUACUGAUUGA